AUGGUCCGCAUCCUGACCGGAGCAGAUGUUUGCGAGCUCAUCGCUCACUCGAGUUUUACCGAUGAGCUCGUGCGACAAACACGGAACUUGUUUUACCGUCUGAGUGGGGGGCAAGGGACAACUCUUCUCCAGUGUCCUGAGCGAUCCAAGAUUGUGACGGAUGAAUGGACACUCCUGACAAUGCCAGGUCAUGACGGUCAAUUAACGACUACGACUGUCAAACUCGUCACCGUUCCGGCACCGAACAGCAGAAGGAGCUCCUCUCUUGGACUCGCGGCGUCGACCGUCGUCCUCGACCGUCAAACGGGUGGUAUCCACGCUCUCGUCAACGCCCGCCACUUGACCGCACUCAGGACGGCUGCAGGAUCGUUGGUGGCCACACAGUUGUUGUGGAAAUGUCCCCUAGUACCCGUGACGCUCGCGUUGUUUGGAGCUGGUCUACAGAUCGAGUAUCAUGCACGCCUCUUACUCGACUACUUUCCGUCGAUUGAAACGUGCUAUAUUGUGAACCGAACAGCGACCAGGGCACAUGCACUCGUCUCUCGGUUGCAGACCACCCAGGCGACGACGACGACGACGACAACCAGGGCAAUCAAGUUUGAAUGUGUCGACGAGUAUUCGGAUCAUCUCAAACCAGCGGAUAUUCUCGUCUGUGCCACUUCGUCCUUUGUCCCCCUCAUCGAGGAUCGGUCCAUACGCUCGGGUGCCCAUCUGAUCCUCGUUGGUUCUUACACACCCCAAAUGCACGAAGUCUCCACUCAAACCAUUCUUCGUGCUUCUGCCGUCGUCGUCGAUUCUGCCCAACAUGCUCUCCACGAGGCCGGCGAACUCAUCGAUGCCCAGCCGCAUCCUGUCCUCGAGCUGGGUCAACUCUUGCACGAGGAUGGCACUCCAAAUCACACUAUGAUCCAACGCGCUUCUACCGGCCAACUCACCAUUUUCAAAUCGGUCGGCCUCGCCCUUCAAGACGUCCUCAUCACCCAUCUCGUCUGCGAGGCCGCCCAAGCUCGUUCGAUUGGCACUAUCAUCUCCGAUUUUGACGGCUGA